AUGCGUUUUUUCGCCCCCCUUUUCAAAAAACUCUCCCCGAAGCGGGCUUCUAUGGCAUUGCACGUCCCCAUCAGGGACCCACAUGCUGAGGCUUUAGCCGUUGAUUUGUUAAAGUCGGGCCGCGUGAUCGCCCUCCCUACGGACACCGUCUACGGACUUGCCUGUGACGCGACGAACAUAACCUCAAUUAACAAACUCUAUAGCAUUAAGGGGCGCAACGAAGCCAAACCUGUGGCGAUCUGUCUCGGGGACGUCCCCCAGGUGAAGGCUUGGGCCAAAAUCGGGCACUUGCCCCAAGGUUUGCUCGAAAGUCUGCUCCCAGGCCCAGUGACUGUCAUUCUGACUAGUGCAAGCACACUUGAUAAGUCACUCAGUUUUAACGCUAAAGUGGGGAUUCGAAUCCCCGAUUAUCACUUUAUUCGGGCUUUGGCCCGCGGUUUGGGACGCCCUUUGGCCCUCACAAGUGCCAAUUUAAGCAACGAGCCAAGUUCGUUAACAAUCAACGAAUUUCAAGACUUGUGGGCUCAGGUUGGUGCAGUUUUUGACGGUGGUAAUUUAGGACUUGACGAUUCGAGACGACGUGCGUCCACCGUUAUUGACUUAUCAGAAUGCGGUUUGUUCACAAUCGUGCGACACGGUAUUGCGGUUGAUAAAACUGUUGCGAUUUUGCACAAGUUCGGGUUAAUUAACAAACAUGAAUAA